UGUUGUAGCAACGGGGGACGCGUCUGCAUUUUCUGCUGUUUAUUUUGUCAAUAAAACAACGAUUGACUAAACUUUCUUAGACAAUUUUUAACCCCACUAAACUUAGAUCUUUUGUUCUCGGUCGGUCUUUCUAAAUUGUCCCGAUUUGCUUUUUCGGACGGUCAAAUAAGCCUUACGGUCUAGAAUUACAGCUAAUUAUGAGAACAUGUCUGCUGUUAGCAGUCUCGUGCCUGCUCGCUUCCUCACCAUUAUAGCGCACCUGGUCAUCGUUAUCACUAUCUUUUGGUCGAGGGACAGUAACGUAAAGGCAUGUCUUCCUUUGGAGUACACACAAGAACAAUAUGAGGAGGAGGACAAAAAGUUGGUGGUGGGGCUGUCAGUCACACUCGGCCUGUUUGCCAUAGAACUGGCUGGUUUCUUCUCAGGAGUGUCCAUGUUCAACUGCAGCCAGGGGCUCCUUUCGAUUGGAGUUCAUGCCAGUGCCUCAGUAGCUCUUCUUUUCUAUCUGUUUGAGCAGUGGGAAUGUAGCGUCUACUGGUGGAUUCUUGCCAUUUGCAGUGUCCUUCCAGCCUGUGUGGAGAUCACACUGUUUAUUGCUGUGUUUGGAUUUAAGAAAAAGGCUUCAUAGUUACAUCUCUCAGUAGGACAUCUUUUAAUCAUUUUAUAUCGGCUGGCAGUAUCAUUGUCUACA